UCAAUGAUUUUCUUUGAUGUCAUUUUCGCAAGUACAUAAUGCAUAAAUAAUGUUACAUACUUCGCAUCUUGGAAAACAGUGGCUCGGUUUCGCGAGACUAAUGAUGGAUUGAAAAAUAUGGAAUGUUAUGAAACGAGGGCUUGGAGAGUCGUUAUGUAAAGUUUGUCAAGGACAUUUCAUACAUCAGUAUCAAACUAUGUCCAGCAGAACAUCACUGACACGCUACCGAAGGAGAGUUUAUGUACGCCAAUAUCCCACAACAGUAGUUUAUCCAGACGGCUCCACCAUCUCUGUCAGAUAUAAGGAACCUAGAAAACUUAUCACGUUACCUCUUGAUCUCGGUGGACUAUCAGAGGAAGAAGCUAAUGAAGUAAUCCGUAGAAGGACACCACGUAAAAAGAUGGCUGUGAUGGAAGAAUAUGAAGAUGACUAUGACUCAAAUAAAUACAAGCAUAUAUGGAAAAAGAAAUCUGUGAAAAAGUAAAAAAUUGACCAAUCUUUAAAUGCGAGAAGUGUGUUCAUGUGUAAUGACUUGGAAGUAUUUUUACAUAGUUUUGUGAAAGAAAGAGUGUAAAAUAAAGGCAUGAUUAUUCUAUUGAUACCCA